GGGGGGUCAAAUCGGUCCAGCCGAUGCGGGACGAUUAAAGUUUUUGGGUAAACCAUGCGAACGACGGGAUGGGUCCAGGUUGGCGCAGUUUAAACUUUCCAAUACCUCUUUUUUGUUUUUUUUCUCUCAGAUUUUUUCUUUAAAGAUUUACACCGUAGGUCUCACAGAACUCGCAAGCAGUCUCUCAUUCUACCCCCCCCCCCUCUUCUAUUUAGCCCGGUAGCCCCAUGAGAUAGCCGGUUUCGAAGAAUUGUGCCUUGUUGUGCUCCCACCGAACCCCCCCUCCGCUCCGUGCCGCACUGGUUCCGUCUGGCUCGCCCUCAGCUGCUGCGUGUCCUGGGAUGACCUGUUGAUGCCGGUAGAAUGGAGAAUGGCAGAGGGGGAGCCGAUUUCCCCAAUCACCAAAAUAUUCAAAUAAGCUAAAAAAAAAAAAAGAAAAAAAGAAGAAGAAAAAAAUUGGCGUCUCCGUUCACAGCCGGCGCCUUGGCACCUCCCUAACCCCCCUCGUCCUCCCGGGCACAAACCCUUUGGUGGUGUGCGUAGGCGCGCCAUGGCCCAGACCCUCCAGAUGGCGAUCCCGAACUUUGGCAACAACAUUUUAGAGUGUCUGAACGAGCAGCGACUGCAGGGCCUCUACUGUGAUGUCUCCGUCGUGGUCAAGGGCCAUGCCUUCAAGGCUCAUCGGGCCGUCCUGGCCGCCAGCAGCUCUUAUUUCCGGGACCUCUUCAGCAGCAGCAGCAAUUCUGUGGGCUCUAACAGCAGCGAGACAAGCCCCACGGUGGUUGAGCUGCCUCCAGCCGUGCAGCCCCAGUGCUUCCAGCAGAUUCUGGCUUUCUGCUACACAGGCCGCCUCAGCAUGACAGUGGGAGACCAAUUUCUUCUCAUGUAUACUGCAGGCUUCCUUCAGAUCCAGCAGAUCAUGGAAAAGGGCACUGAAUUCUUCCUCAAGGUAUCCUCCCCCAGUUGUGACUCCCAGGGUCUUCAUGCAGAGGAAGCUCCAACUUCAGAGCCCCAGAGCCCCGUAACACAGACCAGUAACAGUGCACCACGCCCCGCCUCCAGUGUGACACCGCUCCCUCUUGUUUCACGACUUAAGACAGAGCAGCCGUCCAACCAGACGGAAGCGGCCACUCCUUACUCUGUGGUUUGCACUCCUGUCGCCAAGCGGCUGUGGGAGGGUGGCAGCAGCCGCGAUGGCGGUGGGCUGGGCUCGGGUGGAGGAGGAGGAGGAGGAGCCAGGAAGGCGGCCCGUUAUUCCCAGGAGGCGGUUCGGGGCAGUGCCAUCCAGACCCCCGGAGCUCUCGGACUGGCCUUGGGUAUGAACGCCACCACAACCAGCCUGGCAGGCAUGGCGCCCAGUGGUGGGAUUAGUGGAAAUGCCGGCACCAAUGGGAAUUCUGCAGCAGGGGCUGGAAUGUCAGAGGGUGCUAGCCCUGGCACGCUGAGUACCUACGCUAGUGAUUCACCCAUCAGCUACCACGAUGAUGAGGAGGAAGAGGAGGGAACAGAUGAAAGUGCCGAGGAGCAGUACAGGCAAAUCUGCAACAUGUAUACCAUGUACAGUAUGCUGAACAUGGGAGCAGCAGCUGCCGGGGAGCGCGUCGAGGCCCUUCCUGACCACACAGAGACCCGCGGUCGGAUGCGAGGCCGAGAUCUCACCUGUCUUCCUCCAGAACUUAUCGCUCAGAUAGGCAACCGCUGCCAUCCCAAACUGUACGAGGAAGGAGACCCUGCUGAGAAACUAGAGUUAGUCUCAGGAACUUCUGUGUAUAUUUCGAGAGCCCAGCUAAUGAACUGUCACGUGAGCGCAGGGACGAGACACAAGGUGCUGCUCAGGAGGCUGCUGGCUGCCUUCUUUGACAGGAAUACUCUGGCCAACAGCUGUGGGACAGGGAUCCGAUCAUCCACCAACGACCCUAGCCGCAAGCCCCUGGACAACAGAGUUCUCCAUGCGGUCAAAUUUUAUUGCCAGAACUUUGCCACGAGUUUCAAAGAGAGCGAGAUGAACGCCAUCGCGGCCGACAUGUGCACCAACGCCCGCCGCGUGGUGCGAAAGAGCUGGAUCCCCAAGCUGAAGCUGCUGAUGGCGGAGAGCGACGCCUACUCCUCUUUCCUCCCCGACGGAGUCAAGACCGAGGACGACGCACUGGGCGCAGAGCAGGGCUUCGAGCCCGCCGCCCUGGAGGGUACCGGCAGCGCCGGCAUGGAGAUGGGCGGCUCUUCGGGUGAAUCUCUGCCAGCCGUGGGCGGGGACGGAGGACCGUUGUUCUGAACGCUCGGCGUCCGGAAAGGUUUUAACUCUGGUGACGCACGUACCAGUAUUCCCCCAGCUGUGCUUGACUCCUCACUCUUUUGGCCCACCCCGAUCGCUCUUACAUCUCGACUCUCUGUGCAACACUGCUUGGGGCGACAGCUGUCACUCCUCUAUAACCAGGACGUGAAAACUCACAACUUUUUUUUUUUUUUUCUUUCUUUAAUUUGCUUUAUGACCGUAAAACCGAGUUAGUGGAGUAAAAGGAGAACGCAUGAGGGCUUGUCCUCUGCCUCCCCUCGUCUCGUACGGCGUGUAAAUGCAGCCGCUGUUGCAUACUAAAUACAUUCCCCGAGGUGCAGGUAGGGGGAGCUACCAGUGCAGCCAGAGGAAAAAGGGAGGGAUUUUUUUGAUAGGCUGGGAGCAGAGGUGGCAAAAAAAUAUAUAUAUAUAAAUGAAUGUAAGUGUCGCCGGCAUUUUUCUCUAUGCAAGCCUGACAACUUGUGUUCCAGCCUUGGGAAAGGAACUAGAUGUAAUUGUAUUAAACACGUUAACACUACUUAUUCCUCCUGACAUCUUCCUCUCAGCCAACCUCACCUCACAGAGUGUUUCACUGUGCCGCAUAUUGUAGAAAUAAUCUCACCUUUCUCUGUUUUUUCUAAAAGUGCACGCAUGUUUCUGUCUGUGAACUGAAAAGUGAAGGGAGAGGGGAAGUUUUUUUUUUGUUUGUUUUUUGUUUUUUCAAUGAGAUGAUUGUAAAGAGGACUGAGAGGAAGCAGGUAAAACAACGAAAAAAAAAAAAAAGAUGGUAAAAAGAUGGUUCUAUUUUCAGAGGAGAAACUAUAUUUAUACAGGCGCCCAUACCUAAAUCGGUAGGAGCGGCGAGAGCGAGAGGGAUUGUUUUAAAAUCUCCACGUAAGUAAGCUUUUGUUGAAAGAGCUAUUGUCAAAUGAGGCAAAGUGCUAUUUUUGCAGGAGUGUAAAAAAAAAAAAAGAAACGAGUCUUAUGAUAGGAAUCUGUGUCAUUUAUUUUUAGCUUUAUUUUCAAACGAAAGAGAUGGAAUGAGCAGUCGAACUGCUAGAUUUGACACAUUUCAUCUUCUGUUCAGCAGCCUAAACAGGAAAAAAAAAAAAGAGUAGACCAUUUUAGUAAAGAUUACAUUGUCUGCUAAAACCCUUUCUUAGGCUGUGGAUCUGCGGCGUUGAUGAAACGUUCGCUCACGAUUCCGACGAUCACUUGCAGAAAUUCAAAAGGUUGUAUUGAUCUAGAAAUAAACCUGUUAGCUUUGUCUUUGUACAGAAGUUAGAACAAAAAAAAAAUAGAGUCACUAGUAGUUAUCAGACAAAAGAAUGUGCCUUUUAACUGAAAGCAGUAAGAAAACUAAAUGAGCUAUUGCUUGACGUAAACCGAUUCUAAUGGUACUGUCUGAGUGUGCCACAUAAUUCCUCUGUGUGGAUCGUGCAGAUGUAUGUGUCAGUAUGUUAUCCGUUGCACCUCUGCAGUGAGGGAACUCAAAAAAGGUUUUUGUUUCUUUCUCUCUUUUAUUUUUGAGUUUGAGAUGACUUUGCACCUUCCGUGAGACUGGGAAGUAGAUAUAGUGGUGAUUUCUGCACCUUAAUGAGAAGAACCAGUGGUUCAUGCACCUUUUUGAGAAACGUGUAGCAAUCAGACCCCUGUAGGUGGAAUAUGUCAUUUUAUUUACCCCUUCCCCCUUCAAGGCCUGCCUGGGUUUCUUGUAGGUGACCAAGGAGACUGUUGAGUUAAAUCCCAAGUGUUCUUCCUUUGCAGCGUCCCGUUAGAAAAGUGUCGACAACCAAUCUUUUAUUCUUUUUUUUUUAAAUGUGAACGUCUGUGUCUGACUGAAGCCUUUUGAAUGCAUGUUGACCUGUCAAAACGUUGGUCAGUACAGGGGGACUCACUGUUCCUCUUGCAGGUGAUCUGACUUGGAAUGUGCCGUAAAACUUUUUUUUUUUUUUUCUUAUUGGGUGUUAUUUUGCAGGCGGGUCAAGGGGAAAAAAAAAAAAAAAAUCAGUGUUGUCCUUUUCAAUGCAGUUGAAUCUGAAAGAGCUAUUUUAUUUUCUCGCAGAAAACAUAGCUGGGAGCGUCGCAGGUGUACAAAAACUCAUCGUAUUCUUAUGUUGACGCUUAAAGUUUAAGACUUGACUUAGAUAACUUCACCGGGGCCGUUGUGGAGAAUAACAAUGCAGUAUUCUGUAAGGGUGACAACUUCAAAAACCUCAACUUUCUUUGCAUUCGACUGUAAGUGCCACAUGGGCAUGCCUCCGCCGCGUACCUCUCCACCAUCUUUGAAGACUGUUGUGAACUUCCUGUGCUUCAUGCUUCAAGCCGCUUGACACGUUUCACUUCCACCAGCUUAAAUCACGCGUGUCGGAGAGAGGCAAAGCAGAGGUUUGAGCCGCGCAGAACCGGGAUCAGGAGCUGCAUCCCUCAUUUGUUUAUUUUAGUAAAAACCGCCGCACGAAGAAGCCCUCACGGGGAGUUUGCAGACUGGUUCCUGCAGGAAUCGAGCAGCGUAGCGAGCCACUUUGUAAUCUGUCCCGAGUCGACGUCUCACCGCCGGGUCGUCCGUGUUAGUGAGACACACCGGCCCAGCCCAAACACCACGAGGUCGCCGCGCGCACGCACACGCCGGGUGCACCCCGCUGGGUCCGUCGAGAUUAGACUCCUGAUAAAACACUGGUUCUGGCUGUCAGUUUAACAAAACGAGUGGAAAGAAUUAUGAUUACAUGUCGGCUUUCAAAAGUCCCUCGCUCGCACCCCACUUGCAGUGUUUUCUCUGCAGCCGUGCUCAUUUGAGAACCGAAAGUUUUCACUGUGUGCGCGCGCUCGUGUGUGUGUGUGUGUGUGUGUGUGUUGUCUUGCGCACUCGGAGCAAGAUGUCAUCUGUGUAGCUUUUACACAUCCCACAACACGUAGACCUACACACUUGAAUGAAUUAAGUUGUGGCACAGCAUGAGGAGUAUUUUCGGCUCCAAGCAGUACAUAUAUAAAUACGAUUCUAUACAUGUAUAUAUACAUACUGUAUAUUAUAUAUAGACACACACAUAGAGAUCCGAUUGUUUGUUGUGCACUCGCAGCAUGAGGUGUAUAUUUACCCAGACCCCAGGCCCGUCCUCACCGCCCCUGCUCUUUGCCCUCUGUAAUCCUGUAGCACCAGUGGACCUCCUGUACUGCUCAUUCUCCUUUGUGUGUUCAAAGUGCCAAUAACUUUGUGAAAAGCCCUGUAACUGUGACCCGACAUUAUCGAACAUAAUUGCACAUUAACAACUGUAAAAUAGAAGAAAUGCAAAUUAUAGAAAUGGAAAGCAAACAAAACUGUCAUGACUUAAAAGCAAACAUCCUAAUAAAAGAUUUGUAACAAUU